AUGAAACUAAGUCUCAUCGACGUUGCUGCGAAGAUAUUCGCUAUUGUCCUACUCAGGCGAUUCCAGGCUGUGCGUAACUCAAGGACGAGGCCCAACCAAGCCGGAUUUCGUGCUGGACGUGGAUGCGCAGAUCAGAUCUUCACACUGAGGCGCAUUCUCGAAUUUCGCCAUAGCUACCAACAACCGACGGCCGUCUGCUUCGUUGACUUUGCCGCCGCGUUCGAUUCCGUUCACCGUGAGUCCCUGUGGCGGAUAAUGGCGCUAGAUGGUGUACGGGCAAAAAUCAUCGCCAUGAUCAAGGCCUACUAUCGCUCCACUACUGCGAGAGUCCUGGUCCGUAACAGUCUUUCCCAACCGUUCGGUAUUCGGUCUGGCGUCCGACAGGGUUGUAUCCUGUCACCCAUACUGUUCAACUACGCUAUUGACUGGAUCCUCGGGAGGGCCCUACGCGACAGUGACGGCGUUGAAUUUGCCCUCGGACAUCGACUGACUGAUCUCGACUAUGCCGAUGAUAUCGCCUUACUUGCUGCAAGUUUUGGUGAUCUGCAGUCUAUGGUGUCACGGGUGAACGAGGUCGCUAAAUCGGUCGGUUUGUCCAUAAACGCUGGGAAGACCAAAGUAUUCUCAAGCUGCAUCUCUGACCAGGAGAAGGCACCCCUGGGGAUUGAUGGCUGUCAACUUGGUGAAGUGGACAGUUUUAAAUACCUCGGGGCGAGGCUGUUGCCUAAUGGACAGAGUAAGGACGACAUUGUCUCCCCAAUCGAUGCUGCCCGCUGGAUUUUCUCAAGCCUUCGGAAAUGCCUGCGGAACCGACGUGACCUCUCCAUCGCCACUAAGAUUCGCGUGUACCGUGCAUCUGUCCGGUCUGUCCUUCUCUACGUUUGUGAAUGCUGGGCUUCGCGCGUGGAGGAUGAGCGUGUGGCGACUAGCCAUCCUGACUGGCCUGCCGUCAUUGUUCAAGACCUCGCUGCCUCAAGGUCAUUCAUCCCUUGCAGCGAGCCGUCCCAGACGAGGUGA